AUGGAUACAGCACCUGGUCAUUCGACAUCAACCAUGAUGAGAAAGGAUUCAAUUGCCAUGUCUGCCAGGACAUUCACAACACUAUCCAGCUUUGAAUGCCGCGAAUACAAGCGACUGCACGAAAUUCUGUCGACUCCAGAGCAACUCGCCUUCUUCCAGACUUACCUUCAAAACAUACAUGCACAUGAAAGUUUACUGUUCAUCGAAGCAUUGUCCGAACUAAGGCACGACACAUCGUACAACCACAUUGAGCAAAUCGUCAACAGAAUCUGGAAAACCUUUCUAGUGGAGAAUGCACCACUGGAACUCAAUGUAAAGAAUAAACAGGCCAUUGGCGAUGAGAUCAAAUCACAUCGAUGGGGCAUCUUGACUAAAAGGGAGGCCCUUGAUCUGUUCAAAGAUGCAGAAACAGAAGUCAAAAUCUUUCUUAAUGAAAAGAUCAUCGAAUUCGAUCAGAUAUACCAGCCAACGACUAAAAUAGCAUGCUACGAUCCAGAAGGCACAAAAUAUCAGAAAAAGGUGGUCGUCAUUGGAGGCGGAUUCACAGGUUUCACUGUUGCCUCGAUUUUAGACCCAAUGCCACGUUUUCAUGUUACGUUGAUUGAUACAAAAGACUCCUUUGAAUACACGCCUGGCAUGAUCAAGUUGCUGGUGCGGCCAGAAGAAACCUCCUCUCUACGAGUGAGGCAUGAUGCCUAUGUUAAACAAGGACGCGUCGUGAUUGGGUAUGCAGAUCAAAUAGUAGACGAUGCUAAAAAUGUCAAGGUCAAUGACGAAUAUAUUCCUUUUGACUACUUGGUCAUUGCGACUGGAAGCACCUAUCAAUCCAAGCUGAAAUCGUUCGACACAUCUUCGCUGUAUCGAUUGUCUGAGCUCGCCACAGAACAUCAGCAACUGAAGCAAGCCAAAUCUGUGUUGAUCAUCGGUGGCGGUUUAGUAGGCUGCGAACUCGCCAGCGAAAUUGCCAAUCAUACGUUUCCUGCCCCCUACAACACAAAGAAGAAGAUUACCUUGAUUGAUUGCCAUGAUACGCUUGUCAGCAGAAGCUCUAUGAAACGACAACAGAAUGCCGCCAACUAUUUUAAAGACCUUGGGGUUCAAGUGAUACUAAAUGAAAAGAUUGUUGAUUUUGAUUCAGCAGAAAACAAUACCUAUUUAGGGUCUACCGGGACACCGUAUGCAGGGUACGACAAGGUGUUCUUGGCUACAGGAACAUCACCGUGCAAUCAUAUUCUCAGAGACGAAGGCGAUGUAGGGUUUGAGUCUUGUCUGGAUCAUUGGGGCCGCGUCAAGGUCAAACCCACCUUGCAACUGGAUCAUUGGAAGUACAACCAUAUCUUUUCUGGUGGCGAUGUGACCAACGUUAAUGAAGAGAAAACUGGCUACGCGGCUACUUUGGCUGGUGUUUGUAUCGCAAGAAAUAUAUGUAGGAUAGAAAAGGGAAAAGCGCCUUUAAAACAAGGUUCAAAGGGUACCUUACCUGCGCCAAAUAAACCGCUUCAUGGUAUCGAGUCCAGAGGGGGCGUUGGACGACAGCAUUUGAAUAUAUUCAAAAAGGCAUUUUCUUUCCUCAAUCCUUCCUGGGCAGCUCUCAAGUACUUUGACGAGAAGGAGUUUCUGAAUCUGGUGCAAGGAGAAAGCAAACUCGUCACCACAGCAGCAAUUGGAAAGAAACCUCGCAUUCUUGAUCUGGACAGGAAUGACAGUAGCAGCAGUAGCGAUAGUUGCAGUAUCCCCAGCAUAAACAGCAUCAUCAGUCAUCACCACCCAUUGCAACAUCAACAACAACAAACAAAAAAGAAAACGACAUCACUUGCACCCUGUGGGCAUAACAGAGCGCUGUCGACACACUCUGUCAAUGAGGCGCCCUUGGAGAUUUCAGCAACCAACAUGUCUGGCUCUGAUAUCAUUUCCAUCCAGCAUCAAGGCAAUGUACUGUUUCCUCCAUCUGCUCCUGACACCUCUCUUUCUGCUUCUGCUCCUGACACCUCUCUUUCUCUUUCUGCUUCUGCUCCAUCUCUACAACAGAGGACCUCUUGCGACUGUAUCUACACACCAAACCAACUGAAACCACGGCCAUCAACGGAUGUCAUACCGAAAGAGACACAACAACAAAGACUUGCAAGAAGGCCAAAAUCGAAUGAUGAAAUUCGACUGAUUCAUACCGAAAGAGCAUUAUACCACAGAAAGAUGAAUUCGCAAUAA